CAGUUAUUGGAGCUAUAGAGCCGCGGAUGUAGACGGAAUACGCUUGUUGCUCUUCCAAUCCCAGGAAGCGAAACACGCUCGGAACUUGAGUGAAGUGUCGGACCAAGAGGCAUGGGUCGCUAAGUUAGUCUGGAUCCACAAACAAACUACAGACCAAUGGGCUGUCUCCACUUUUGAAAAUAUCUCCAAAUUUAUGGUAAUCCAUUGACCUUGAUGGCGGAAAAUCCCCCUGGACCGAAUCUUAGUUGGACUACAAAAUUGAAUCUUGAUGGCUAACGAUCUGUCUGUCUGAUGAUGAACCCAGUGGCCUGUAACGUUCACGCAGUAUUCGAAGGGGGACAGCAAGGAGAAGACUUUCCCCGGACUAAGUGAAGACCUCCCUCCUUGAAGAAGUGUGAAACAUGCCCUUGCCAUUUGGCUUAAAACUCAAAAGGACUCGAAGGUAUACUGUUUCAAGCAAGAGCUGUCUUGUCACUCGGAUCCAGCUGCUCAAUGGAGAGUUUGUUGAGUUUACACUUUCGGUGGAGAGCACCGGGCAGGAAUGUUUGGAGGCAGUUGCUCAGAGACUCGAGUUGAGAGAGAUAACCUACUUCAGCCUGUGGUACUUCAACAAGCAGAACCAGCAGAGAUGGAUAGACUUGGAGAAGCCGCUGAAGAAGCAGCUGGACAAGUACGGGCUGGAGCCCAGCGUUUACUUUGGAGUCGUGUUUUACAUACCCGGCAUCAACCAGCUGCAACAGGAGAUCACAAGAUAUCAGUAUUACCUACAGCUGAAGAAGGAUGUUCUGGAGGGCAGGAUCUCGUGCUCACUGGAACAAGCUAUUCGUUUAGCUAGCCUGGCAGUGCAAGCUGACUUUGGAGACUUCAACCGAUAUGAUUCCCAAGAGUUCCUCCAGAAGUUUGCGCUCUUCCCUAUUGACUGGAUCCAGGAUGAGCGAGUGCUGGAGGAGGCCACUCAGAAAGUGGCCCUUCAUUAUCAGUCCUUCAGGGGUUUAUCAGCCCCAGAGGCAGAGAUGUUGUACAUGCAGGAGGUGGAGAAAAUGGAAGGUUAUGGCCAGGAAAGCUAUCAAGCCAAGGACAGUACAGGUGCAGAUGUUUCCAUGGGAUCCUGCCUCGAUGGCAUCUUUGUCAAGCAUAAAAAUGGCAGGCCGCUUUCAUUUAGGUGGAAUGAAAUUAACAACAUGAGUCACAACAGGUCCUUCUUUGUCCUGGAGCUAGCCAACAGAGAGGAGAGUGUCCAGUUCCAGACCGAAGACAUGGAAACCUCCAAAUAUGUGUGCCGGAUGUGUCUGGCCAGACUCAAGUUUUAUAAGAUUAACAAGAGUAGCCUAGAGGAGUGUGACCCCCUGCCUUCUGAGGGCUCCCAGAAGUCCCUUCUCACUCUAUCCUUUCCUCGCUUUCCAAUGCUCUCUCGUCCCUCUCUGCCUUCUAAUAAGGGCCAAACGCAGCCUGCCGUGGUUAACCCAGUCAGACGGAGGUCCUCUACUAGAAUAUCUCUGCCAAAGCCUCAGGCCUACAUGAUGCCCCCGCCACAAAUGCACUACAAUGGUCAUUUCACAGAGCCUUACACAUCAUCGCAAGACAACCUGUACAUGAACAGUCAGAACGGUUAUUACUACCAUUCCCAGACCAGCCUGGACUGCUCUCCUCUGGAAUACAACAGUGGAGGGCGUUUACGUAACGGCAGUGUGUACAGCGCCCACAGUACCAGCUCCCUAACCAAUCCCCAGCACUACCAUCAGCCCUCUCCCAUGUCCUCCAACCCCUCUAUUACUAGCGACAUCACCAGGCCGGACUAUGUCCCCUCGCAUCGCCACAGCGCUCUUAUCCCGCCUUCCUACCGGGCCACGCCUGACUAUGAGACAGUGAUGCGUCAGAAGACCCGGGGAGCAGGAGGAGGGAUGCUUUUGUCUCAAGAGCACCGGCAGAGCCACUCCAUGAGGAACCUGAAUAUCGGAAACUCGUACGCCUACCGCAGGCCAGACCACCUAGUUUACAGCCAGCCAGAGAUCAGAGGGGAGCACGGUGGAGCCGCCCAACACCAUCACUAUCCCUUCCAUCUCGGCUCCAGCUUCCACAGCCCUUCUCCAUAUCCCUACCCUACAGAGAGGAGGCCCGUAGUGGGGGCCGUUAGUGUCCCGGAGCUCACAAACGUCCAGUUACAACAGGCACAGUAUCCAGAGUAUCCGGCUCCUAACAUCAUGAGAACGCACGUGUACCGACCACCUCCGCCCUACCCGUACGCCCACCCUCGACCUGCCAACAGCACGCCGGACCUGUCGCGUCACCUGUACGUCAGCAGCAGCAACCCAGACCUGAUCAUCACGAGGCGAGUGCAUCACUCAGUCCAGACAUUCCAAGAGGACAGCCUGCCUGUUGCCCACUCGUUACAAGAGGUGUCGGAGCCUCUUUUCAGCGGACCCCCACAGAGACAGCCGUACCACGCUCAGAAGCGAAACUCCAUCGAGAUUGCCGGAUUGGCGCAUAGUCUCGAGGGGAUGAGGGUCAAAGAGCGCUCCGUGUCUUCUUCAGCAGCUGAAGCUGCCACGCCUCCUCCGGUCCUGCGCGGCGGUCGCUCCCAGGGCUCUCAGCUCAACGUGUUUUUGGAACGUACAAAGGCAGAGGACAGGAGUGACGUGCAGUAUGGACACAAAAAGUCCCUUUCAGAUGCCACCAUGCUGGUUCACAGUAGCGGUGAAGAAGAGGAGUUUGAGGAAGAUACCGGGCGUCAUGUUCCCCUUUCUCAGGACGCAAUGGCAGCGGCUGAUCCCGACCAACCGCACCAAAGCUUGACGUCUCUCUCUUCUCUGACGCAACGCACUCCCAUAGAGCCGCCUCCCGCAUAUCCCAUAGGCUCCUCUCUUGACCCCUCCAUAACCAGUUCCUUGACUUACACGGUUCACCCUCUGAUCCAGGAGAGCGAGCCUCUGUACUUGCUGUCAGAUUUACGGCAGCCCAGGAUUAUGCCCUCGGUCUCUGAGGGAGACCUGAGUGGCCAGGCCAAGCAGAAGACUAAGAAAGACUUGAAAAAGAGGCCCGUGUCUGAUGUGCCUCCUGGGAAGAAAACAGUAGAAGGGUUGCCCCCUCCGGGUAUGAAGAAAGGAACUCGGUCAGAGGUGAAGAAGAUGGGCCCUCUGAAGGUGGCACAUCUCAACGGACUGUCGGUUUCCAGGCAGCCAAUGAGCGAAGCGGUCAAGGAUGAGCCCGAGAGAGCCUCCAAUGACGAGAGGUGUAAAAUUCUAGAGCAUCAUAUGGAGAGGGGAGAGCUGUUGAAAGAGUACGAGAGCAUCCCAAAGCGUCGUCCCGCAGGAGGGUGCACCAUCGCCCAGCUGCCAGAGAGCGGAGAUAAAAACCGCUUCCAGGACGUCCUGCCUUAUGAUGACACCCGAGUGGAGCUGGUUCCCACUAAAGAGAACAACACGGGAUACAUUAAUGCAUCACACGUUAGAAUAACAGUAGGUGGACAGGACUGGAGCUACAUUGCCUCGCAGGGUCCCCUGUCGAACACAUGUCAAGACUUCUGGCAGAUGGUGUGGGAACAGGGUGUCUCCAUCAUCGCGAUGGUCACCGCUGAAGAGGAGAGCGGCCGAGAAAAGAGCUUCCGGUAUUGGCCCAGACUCGGCUCGCGACACAACACAGUGACGUACGGCCGCUUCAAGAUCACAACGCGGUUCCGCACGGAGUCCGGCUGCUACGCCACCACGGGGCUGAAGAUCAAACACCUCCUGACGGGCCAGGAGAGAACGGUCUGGCACCUGCAGUACAUAGACUGGCCGGACCACGGGUGCCCUGAGGACUUGAAAGGCUUCCUGACCUACCUGGAGGAGAUCCAGUCUGUGAGGAGACACACAAACAGCAUCAGUGACCCAAAGAACACCAACCUACCGGUGCUGGUCCACUGCAGCGCUGGAGUGGGACGGACUGGUGUGGUCAUCCUGUCUGAGAUCAUGAUAGCCUGUCUGGAGCACAAUGAGGUGCUGGAUGUCCCCAAAUACCUGUUAAACCUGCGUCGUCAGAGGAUGAUAAUGGUUCAGACCUUGUCUCAGUACACCUUCAUCUACAAAGUCAUCAUCCAGUACCUGCGCAACUCCAGGCUCAUAUGAGCACAAGUGUCUGUCAGUGGUCACAGGUGACGGGGUGGAGUUGGAGCCCGAUUUAUACCAAACUGCACUGCGAUGAUGCAGCCGUACGAUUCUAGUCACUGCAGCAGUCAGUGUUUUGGUGGACCCCGUAAAGGGGCAAGUAUUAAACCAGGCGAGGCUGAAAGAUGUGUGGAAGUACAAGGAAGAAGCAUGACCUGCCGCUAAACAGUAUUAUAUAUAUUAUUUUUACAUACAUUAUUGCUUAAUAAAGCCCAGCACUUUUACAGUACUUUGCUGUACAUAAUGAACCAAUGAUGCUGCAUUUAAAGAGAAUCGUUAUUCUAGAUGUGUAUCAAAAACAGUUUCAUUUGACAAAGGUCGCUUUUUUUUUUUAAUAAGUAUGUUUUUGAUUGCUGUUUGGUAACUAUAGGUUCUGAUAAUGAAGGACGUUUCUGCAGUAGUGAAGACAGAGUGGCUAAAGGCUUCAGAUGGGUUUUAACUUUAUCAUGUGGUGGUACAGGCAGGGGUUUGUCCCUGCAGUGAACUUAAUAACAAUAUAUAGAUUUACAUUCAACAGAAUGAUGCUAAUGUACACCAUACACGAGCAAUCUUCAUGUUCAUGAAGCCCUGGAACCCACCGAACAUUAUCUACAACAGAUGUGUUCUCUGUCCAGAAAGACGGUGGGAGACGAUGGAUUGGUCUUUGUUAAACACUGGAUUGAUGCGAAGUAGAAAAACAUUGCACAGGUUCCAGAAAUAUAGAGUUGACGAAUGAAGAAAAAGAACGACGGCGGUUUUUGUGUAAAACUGGAAUUUUUAUACUCUAUUUUUCAUCCCUUUUUUUAUCACGAGAACAGAGUGCUGUAAGUGAACAAAAUCAAUAUAUUUUGUCAAGACAAAGUGCCGAUAUAUAUCUACCCUGUACAUCUGCAUAGUAUGAAGGAUGUGUCCUUUAAUGCUUGUUUGAUUGCAGUGAAGUGUUUAUUAUUGCCAAUUGAUACAUUUAAGAAACAUCCAUGCAAGAAGUACAAGUACUGCGAACAAAAAUGAUCAUUCUUGAAUUAGGCUUAGAUCCCUUAAGUUUUUGGCAGUUGGGCCUUUGUGUCAUUAAGUACAUAAAAACAAGGACGUGAGGCCGUUUGACACUAUUGAGGUGUAAUGAACAGUGCUGUGCAGCGUGUUGGCUUUGGUGCACAGUAGACGUCUACGGGACAGACCAGUGCUAGCAUCAGUAUUCUGUCUGCUACACUUGUUUUCACUCCAGAGAGACGUGUCCAUGUGCAGACACUUCCUGCUGACUCUUAUUGAACACUUUCCUUUCCCGCUGCAGCUAAAGGGAAUAUUUUCAGAGCCCCAGUUGUGAAGUUGACCCGUAACGGAACGAGGCUUGCAGGCACGGCAAAGUUUACAUGAAGUCAAAUACAUAUUUUAACAAUGUCAAUUUGAAAUAAUUUGCCUGUAUUAUCAAUUAAAAGGCAGCAACUUAAUUUAUAAUGUGGCCAAAGUGAAGCGGUUGUUGAUCCCUCAGUGUCCCGAUGUGUGCGUUGGUGUCACAUGCGUGGGCAGUGAUCUGACUUAACUGGAGAGAAAUGCGUCUCCACUGAUGAGAUGCGUUUGGACUGGAUCUUAAGGUCCGCCCCGUAUGAAUUAGCUUCAGGUUUUGUGUUUUAGCAUACUGAUUGAGUCUUAGUGUGGAGACUUAGAGUGAUUUGUGUGGCCACGGUGUAACAGUUUUGUCCAUGUACAGGUAUGUUGUUCAUAAUGUACACAAUGUAAAAAUCUUCUUUUAUGAAUAUUGGAUAAUGUACAAACGAUGUAUAAACUUGUAUCUAUUGAACACAAAAUGAUAUGCCAUGGGGAAGUGUAGAACAUCUUUUCAGCAAAUAAAUAUUUGGAAAUAUCA